CAAACGCCACCCAGUACGAAACAAAACAACAUUCCUUAUUCCAACAAACAAACAAACCUUCUUUCUUUCCGUUUUUGAUCAUAGAAGAAUACGAAGAAGAGGGUUUGAAGAAUAGAAUAACAGAAACAAUGGGCACUCUCGAGUCAUGGAGAAGAGCCUACGGCGCUCUCAAAGACUCCACCAAAGUCGGUCUCGCUCAUGUCAACAGCGAUUACGCGGACUUGGACGUUGCCGUAGUCAAAGCCACCAACCACGUCGAGUGUCCUCCCAAAGAGAGACACCUUAGAAAAAUUUUGUUGGGAACUUCUGCGUCGCGGCCUCGAGCCGAUGUUGCUUACUGCAUUCAUGCGCUCGCACGUCGAUUGGCCAAGACGCGAAACUGGACGGUGGCAUUGAAAACAUUGAUAGUCAUUCAUCGGUUGUUGAGGGAGGGUGAUCCUACUCAUAGAGAAGAAUUUGUUAAUUUCUCACAGAGAGGGCGCAUCCUCCACCUUUCUAAUUUCAAAGAUGAUUCCAGCCCAAUUGCUUGGGAUUGUUCUGCUUGGUUACGUACAUAUGCCUUAUAUUUGGAAGAAAGACUUGAAUGUUUCUGGAUUCUGAAGUAUGAUAUUGAAGCUGAGCGUCUACCUAAGCCUGUUGCCGGGCAGGACAAGGGGUACAGCAGGACCAGGGAUUUGAAUAGUGAGGAGCUAUUGGAGCAAUUGCCUGCUUUGCAGCAGCUACUUUAUCGACUUGUUGGUUGUCGUCCAGAAGGAGCAUCCAAUAGUAACUAUUUGAUACAAUAUGCUCUGGCUCUGGUUCUGAAAGAGAGCUUUAAAAUUUAUUGUGCUAUUAAUGACGGCAUUAUCAAUCUUGUUGAUAAGUUUUUUGAGAUGCCAAGACAUGAAGCUAUCAAAGCCAUUGAUGUCUAUAAACGUGCGGGUCAGCAGGCAGCAAGUCUCUCUGAUUUCUAUGAAAUAUGCAAAGGGUUGGAACUUGCUAGGAAUUUUCAUUUUCCUGUUUUAAGAGAGCCCCCACAAUCAUUUCUUGAAACCAUGGAAGACUACGUAAAGGAGGCACCGAGUGUGGUUACAAUUCCAAGUGAGGCAUUGUUACAAUUGACUUACAGACAAGAAGAUGUUCCUACAAUUGAAGAUAAGAAAUUAUCUGAAGGGGAGCCAUCAGUGCCUGUUGAUGAUGUUGUCUCAAAUUCCGAGCCUGCUUCUCCUCCUCCACUGUCUGACAACAAUUUUGAAACUGGAGAUUUACUGGGAUUGAAUGACAGUACACCUGAUGUAUCCUUGAUAGAAGAAAGAAAUGCCCUUGCUCUAGCCAUAGUCCCCAAUGAAACUGAUUCAAGUGCUUCCCAGGCCAAAGAUUUUGAUCCAACUGGAUGGGAGCUUGCCUUGGUCUCCAUUCCAAGUACCAAUAUUUCUUCAGUCAACGAGAGACAAUUGGCUGGUGGAUUGGAUUCCCUCACCCUUAACAGCUUAUAUGAUGAAGGAACAUACAGAUCUGCACAGCAAGCGGUAUAUGCCAAAAAUCCAUUUGAAGUGCAAGACCCUUUUGCUUUAUCAAGUAACAUUCCUCCUCAGCAGCAAGUAAAUCCCUUUGGUCCAUAUCAGCCACUGCAGCAACAUAUGGUGAUGAACCCAGCAAAUCCCUUUGGGGAUGCAGGAUACGGGGCAUUUCCUGUUUCUCACCCACAUAAUAACAAUCCAUUUGGAAGCACUGGCUUCAUAUAGCUAGGAACACUAUUUUGUUAGAUAGAUGUUUUCUUAAAUGAAAUUUAAAAUUGAGAUAACAUAGUUAUAAUGUCAAUCAUUUUAUAAUAAUACAGAAUGAUGUGAUUCUUUUUUUCCCUGAAUACACCUCCAUUCUCA